GAUACUCUUCAAAUUGGAGGUACGUCAUCAGGAAGAAAGUCGGACGUGUAUGGGAAAAACAUCAUUCUUGGAAAUAAACUGUUGUUCUUGCUCAGCGUCAACGUCGUAAUAAGUCAUGAAAACAACUUCAUAUUUAUUACGUAUUAUUAAUUGAACUCUUUAUUAAAUUUGUAAACAUAAAUAUGACUUUAUUUCGGAUAAGCAGUUCCUGGUUUGGGAGUUUUAUUUUUUUGUGCAUAUUUACUUUUAUUCAGUGUGAUCAUUUCUUAAACAAAUUUGCCGUACAUAUACCAGGUGGAGAAAGAGUAGCAAGAAACGUGGCAGAGCUGCAUGGAUACAGAAAUCUAGGACAGAUUGGGUCAUUAGAGGAUCACUAUUUAUUUGAGCACCCACAUGUUCAUCGUAGGUCUGCUUCAAGGAAUGAAGAACAUCAUGUGAAACUGUCAUCACAUCCACAGGUGCAGUGGUUUGAACAACAGCAGAUAUUGACACGAAAGAAGAGAGAUUUUGUUCCAGUUGAAGUAGAUACAGCGCAACUCCUGAAAUCCAACAGUAUUUAUAAGCGAGAAUUAUUGAAUCACAAGCGAGAAUUAAUGAAUCGGAAAAAAGAUCUCCACUUCAAUGAUGAGCUGUUCAGCAAAAUGUGGUAUUAUAAUGCAGGAGGGCUCAACCAUACAGACAUGAAUGUAAAAGGGGCAUGGGCUAAAGGUGUCACAGGCAAGGAUGUUGUGAUCACAAUAUUGGAUGAUGGGAUAGAAAGGACUCAUGAUGACCUCAAAGAUAAUUACGAUCCUUAUGCAAGUUAUGAUGUAAAUGGGCAUGACCCAGACCCUAUGCCAAGAUAUGACUACACAAACGAGAAUAGACACGGGACCAGAUGUGCUGGUGAGGUCUCUGCCAAAGCAAACAAUACCAAAUGUGUAGUGGGAGUGGCUUACAACUCUAAAAUAGGAGGUGUGCGUAUGUUAGAUGGUGACGUUUACGAUGCUGUUGAAGCCACAUCUCUUAGUCACAAUCGUAGUCAUAUAGAUAUCUACUCGGCAAGCUGGGGACCAGACGAUGAUGGUCGAGUUGUUGAUGGUCCUGGUCAGCUCGCUAAGAAGGCUUUUCUAGACGGUGUCAGAUUGGGACGCAAUGGCAAGGGAUCAAUAUUUGUGUGGGCGUCGGGGAAUGGUGGUAACCAGAAAGAUAGUUGUAACUGUGAUGGUUACACAAAUAGCAUAUUUACCCUGUCAAUUAGUAGUAUUUCCCAGCAUGGCAAGAAGCCUUGGUACCUGGAGGAGUGCUCGUCAACGCUCGCCACCACGUACAGUAGUGGAACCUACAGCGAGAAACAGAUUGUGACUGUGGACCUUCACAAUAAGUGUACAGAAACACACACGGGAACUUCUGCAUCGGCUCCUCUAGCUGCUGGAAUCGUGGCACUCAUACUGGAAGUCAAUCCGUCAUUAACCUGGAGGGAUGUCCAGUAUAUCACACUGAUGACUGCCAGACCAUUACCAGAUGGUCAGUGGGUGACCAAUGGAGUCGGAAGACAAGUGAGUCUACGGUAUGGCUAUGGUUUAAUGGAUGCCACAGCUAUGGUAGAACUGGCAGAGAAAUGGACAAAUGUACCAACUCAGCAUAUCUGUGAAGUACAUUCGGAAAGGGUCAGUGUAAAGAAAGACAAACUACAGAUACCAGAUUCCGGCUAUGAGGAGAUGUUAGAUACAGAUGCAUGUGCUGGUAACACCAACGCUAUAAACUUUCUGGAGCAUGUGCAGGCCAAGAUUACGUUGAAGAGUAAACGCCGUGGUGACCUUGUCAUUCAUCUGACAUCACCUUCUGGUACCAGAUCAACCAUCUUGCCACAGAGACCGAAUGAUAGUGACAGGGUGAAAGGAUUCAAUAACUGGCAGUUCUUAUCUGUGCAUUUCUGGGGUGAAAAUCCAGUUGGUCGAUGGAAACUUGAAAUAGAGGUGCAGAAAAACAACCGUGGAUAUAUUGGCGGCAGUAGCUAUUCUGGUAUGCAAUCUACCAAUGAUCUGAUAGACUGGAGUUUGAGCCUGUAUGGUACUGAGGAGAACCCAGUGAACCUCGUAAACCCGACUCGUCCAGCUGGUCCAUCCAAACCACCUCGGCCUUCUACAACCAAGGGGCCAUGUCACAGUCAGUGCUUGAAUGGAUGCUCAGGUCCAGGUGCUGAACAAUGUACUGUUUGCAAAAACUACCAGAUUCAGGACACUGGGGAAUGUGUUGAGUCCUGCCCAAAUGAGUACUAUGCAGAUGUGUACCAGUGCAAGCACUGUAGUGAGACAUGUGAGACAUGCACAUAUGUGUCGACCAAGCAGGUCAUGUGUCUGAAAUGCAAACCUGGAUAUCUACUUGUGGAGGGCAAGGGGACAUGUGAGAGAGCCUGUGAUAAAGGAUACUAUAAAGAUGAUAAUUUACAUCAUUGCCGUGUAUGUAGUGGAGUCUGUGCAGAGUGUGUGGAGAACCAGAAUAGGUGUACUGCUUGUAGAAGUGGACAGAUGUUGGAGAAAGAGACGUGUGUUCCUGAGAGGGAGCCUUGUCCAGCAGGAACAUACCAGUCUUCAGGUGGAUGUAAGUCAUGUCCACAGGGGUGCUUCAGUUGUACUAGUGAUACUAAUUGUACCUGCUGUAAUAAAGGGAGCUAUUUGCAGAAUGGGAGUUGUGUCAACAGCUGUGGUAGUGGUUUUCAACCUUUACAUGUAAACUACAGCUCAAAAUUUGUAUUCCAACAGUGCCAGCAGUGUGGUAAUGAAUGCAAUGUAUGUCCAGAUGGGUUUAAGUAUAUCGCAGGUGUUUGUAUACAGCAAAAUAAUUGCCGAGAUGGAACAUAUUUCCAGUGGAACUCUAUGUCAUGUAAGAAAUGUAAUACAAGUUGUCGUGCAUGUAUAGGACCGAGUAACACGGAUUGUUUAUCAUGCUACCCACCAUCGGGAUACAAUAAUUUAUUACGUAAAUGUAUGAGAUGCUGUGCUGAGGAUGAGGCUCACGCUAAGGACUGCUGUCAUUGUAUUGAAGAUGGUAAAUGCGAGAUCAAGGCACCUCCACCGACUCAGGCAGAACAACUAUACAGUGUAGCUACAAUAAUCAUUGUCCUAUUAGUGAUCGUUAUAUGUGCUCUAGCUACAUUUGCAGUUGUAGCAAUAGUAAUAAGUUGUCGCAAACAAAACGACCACCCUGAUGUUCAAUAUAAACAGUUAGUUGACAAUGAGAGGGAGUUUGAAGACGAUACUGAGGAAGCAUGAUCAAUAUCUUCUCUAGUUGAGCCGCGCCAUGGGAAAAUCAACAUAGUGGCUUUGCGACCAGCAUAGAUCCAGACCAGCCUGCGCAUCUGCGCAGUCUGGUCAGGAUCCAUGCUGUUCGCUUUCAAAGCCUAUUGCUAUUAGAGAAACUGUUAGCGAACAGCAUGGAUCCUGACCAGACUGCGCGGAUGCGCAGGCUGGUCUGGAUCCAUGCUGGUCGCAAAGCCACUAUGUUGGUUUUCCCAUGGCACAGCUCAGGUUAUAACCACACACCUUCAAGUCCUGAGAUUUUAAAAAUCUAAGACUUUAAUCAAAUUCAUCGGCACUGAUUGUCAGAAAUUAAAGCCAUUUUUUUUGUGUACUCUCAGUAUAUUUCUGUACAAAAACUUCUCAUUUUACUGAAAAUUUGUGAAAAAACAUAGAUGUAAUCACUGUUACAUUAUCUUUUAAAGCCUAGUGGAGUUACUGAACUAUAUUCUUGGAACGAGAAAUUUUGUGAUUUUGAAGUUUUCAGUAUAAAUUUCUGACUUAGAGCAUAAGCUAGAAUUACCUGUCCUGUUGUUUGUAUGACUGGGUCCAAGAUUAUGAAAUGGGUUUGGAGACCAGUCACAACUCUUUAACGUCUGAUUGGUGGUUUCUGACCUUAAUUGGAAAUUGACCAAAUCUGCACUGUUAGACUGGUCUCCGGUCCCAUUUCUGCAACCUUUGACCCUGGGCUUAUAAAGCUGAGACUGAGUUUGAAAUGGCAAAGUUUUCAAAUGUCAUUUUGACAGAAUGGUUUAGUCCAGAUUUUUGACUGAAAUGAACCAAAGAACUGUCUCUCCUCAUAAUGAUUCAGGAGCAAGAAUUCAACUUAGAUUUUAACAAUUCUGCAGAAACUUGGCUGAAACAAUAAUCUUAAAGUUUAUAACACCUGUAUAAAGUUUCAGCAUAAUAGAUGACUUUGAAUAAAAGUAUUGUAAUCGAAGAAAAAAAAAGACACAGCUUUAAAUCUAAAAUCGCUAAUUGGGAACAAUUAUGAAGAUGGUACAGGGUUCAUUUCAGAUUCUUGUCCAAGCUAGUCUGGGAUAAAAGUGUAGGAUCAUUUUUCUUAUUCUCUACAGAAAUAUGUAUGAUGUGCGCUAAUAAAUACAUAUUGCUCAAUACAAGAUGAACAUAUUUUUGAGAGAUGACAAUUUCCUCUAUUGUUUGAUCUAGGCAGACAGGUUUUGCCAAGUUAUUGUGAUAAUGAUGAUGAUGAUGAUAUGUCAUGCAUAUGUUUUUGUUGUUGUUUUUUUUUUUUUUGCUGAAAUUAAAGAAACAUGCCUCCAUAUUUAUGUCAAGUUUUUUUUUAGAGAUUUGGUAAAGAUGUCUUUUGUUUAAAAAUGUGGAUAAAUAGUAAAAUUCAUGUGAUCCAGUUAGACUGAAAUAGAAUCACAUAAAAUGUGAUCUUGAACAUUACUGAUUUAUAUUUUUUUCAAAUACUGUAAAGAAUUUAGCUAUACUGAAAAAACAAAUAUUUUGUAUCAGAUUGGCUGUUCUGAAAAUAAAGUAUUUAGCAGUACUAGUAAAAAUGUCAUCUUGAAUAUUCUGAUUUAUGAUUUCUAAUGCUAGAAAAUAAGAAAAUUAUGUGUACUUUAUACUGGAAAACAAUGACAUACUAAUCUGGAUCAGGGUUUCUUUAACUUUAUAAAGUGCUGGUCAUGUGUGUGCAAAUAUGUUAAGGUUAAGAAGUAUUGCAGGUAAGCCUGCAGUUUCAAAAGUUUUCCUCGAGUAAAUGUUGUCUGUACUCAAUAAUGCCACCAUAGUUCUCUGUUAUGUUAAUAUGCUGUCAAAGAAAUUUAGCCAUAUAUGUUAUAUAGAAGCUUUAGAAAAUCAUUUACUUACUGAGAAUGCCUGUGUUAAAAUCAUGUCAAGUAUAGAAAUUGAGGAUUUCUUGUCUUGUGUCUUCCUGACAUGAAAACUUAUUGUUACAUUUUGUUGUCUGUCCUAUCAAUAUACACACUGUAUGAAUAUGAUGUCAUUUGUAUCAAGCAAUAAGUAAUUUAUAAGCAUUAUAUGGAGCUUUGGUUUGCAGUUUUAAUGAAGGAAGGCUUUUUGAUGAACAUGUGAUGAAAAUUUCUUUAUCUUCCUUUUAGAUUAAAAAUAUAAUUGUUUGACAUGAAAUAAGAUCUGUGAAAUGAAUCUUUAUGGAAAAUAUACAUUUGAAUUAAGUUAAAGAGUUCUAUUUUAUGCUAACUAAUGAAAUACUGUAUUCUAUCAGUUAAAUAUUUUUAUAUCUCAUCACUCACACUGAAAAUAUGAAAUCUAUAUUUUCACACUGUGAGAGAUAUAGCUCUGCCCCCUCAUACAUUGUGUAUGAGUUUUAAAUUAUUUGCUUAAAACAGGAUGAAAAUUGUAGUCGCACUUUGUUCUUUAUAGUAUAUUUCUCGAUUCAAAUUAUUUUACUUAAUGAGAAUUUCAUAACGUCAUGCAGCAAAAAAUAAAAUGAAACUUUUAUGUUGUGUGCGUCAUUCUAACAUCACAACAUGUCUGACAUCAUGUCUGUUUAUGCGCGUCUGUUUCCCGUGCUGAGAUUAAAAAUUGUUGCAAAAUGCACAUCUCAACGUAAUUGAGCAUAAUAUAAAAAGAAAAUUUGUUUGUUUUUUGUAAAUAUUGAAUAUAUCUCACCUCGAAGUGAGAAAAUGUUCACAUUUUCACUCGCGCUACGUGCUCGUGAAAGUAUUUGAAAUGUUCUCACUUCUCAGUGAGAUGUAUUCCAUAUUCACUCAAAACAAACAAAUAUCCUCUUUGUAUUUUUAGCUCACCUGAGCAAUGCUUAGGCGAGUUUUUGUGAUCGUUGGAAGUCCGGCGUCUGUCUGUCUGUCUGUCGUCUGUCAACAUUUAGCUUGUGUAUGCGAUAGAGGCUGUAUUUUUCACUUGAUCUUCAUGAAAUUUGGUCAGAAUGAUUACCUUGAUGAAAUCUAGGCCAAGUUGGAAAAUGGGUCAUCUGGGAUCAAAAACUAGGUCACUAGGUCAAAUGAAAGAAAAACCUUGUGUAUGCAAUAAAGGCUGUAUUUUUCAUUUGAUCUUCAUGAAUUUUAGUCAGAAUGAUUACCGUGAUGAAAUUUAUAGGCCAAGUUCAAAAAUGGGUCAUCUGGGUUCAAAAACUAGGUCACAAGGUUAAAUCAAAGAAAAACCUUGUGUAUGCAAUAGGGGCUGCAUUUUAUACUGGAUCUUCAUGAAAUUUGAUCAGAAUGUUUGUCUUGAUGAAAUCUAGGUUGAGUUUGAAUAUGGGUCAUCUAGGAUCAAAAACUAGGUCACUCGGUCAAAUUAAAGAACAACCUUGUGUACGCAAUAGGGGAUGCAUUUUACACUGGAUAUUCAUAAAAUUUAGUCAGAAUGAUAGCCUUGAUGAAAUUAAGGUCAAGUUCGAAUAUUGGUCAUCUGAGGUCAAAAACUAGGUCGCUAGAACAAAUCAAAGAAAAAUGUUUUGUAUGUGAUAGAGGCUGUAUUUUUCAAUUGAGGUUCAUGAAUUUUGGUCAGAAUGAUUGCCUUGAUCAAAUCUAGGUCAGGUUCGAAUGUAGGUCAUCUUGGCUCAAAAACUAGGUCAAUAGGUCAAAUGGAAGAAAAUACUUGUUUACACUUAAGAGACCACAUUUUUGGUCCGAUCUAAAUGAAAAUUGGUCAGAAUAUUUGUUUCUAUGAAAUCACUAGGUGAAACAUGUUUACACUGUUAUGGUAUGUUUCUCAGGUGAGCGACCUAGGGCCAUCUUGGCCCUCUUGUUUUAAUAAAGAAAUGUCAUGUUUUUCAGUAUUAAAAGAAUUGCUGUAGUUGUUACCAAACAAGUUGAUUGAUAAAUGAGAUUUGUAUGUUUUUUUCUACUUCUGUAGUCCUCUGUAUGUGAAGAGACAGGUCUUUAUGUAAAUGAAAUAAGCAAUUAAGGAACAAGUCUUAUUGUAUAUACCUGUUAAACAAACUGUGAUCUCAUCUUGAACAAACCUUUAUCAUACUUUCGUUAUAGCAGAUUACAUACUACUGGUGUUUCUCUGAUUUGAAAAAAAGUUUAAGUUGAAUCAGGACUUAGUGGGCAUUCCCAUUUGGUUGAUGUGUACACACUACAAAGUGUAAACAGAUAAUCAUAAAAAUCCAUUUUAGAUGUUUUUUGAAAAUGUUAUUUAAGUGUUUUCCCCAUGCUAUUAUAUAAAUAUUCAUUACAUUGAUACGCACGGGGGACUUCUUUAGGUGGGUGGUUAAGGUUGCUGACUUUGAAGCACCUACCCGUCACCUCUGUGUUUGAGCCCUUUAUUGGUCAUCGUGUUAGAAAGUCAUCAAGCUAGCUUGCAGUGGUUCUAAAUCAUGUGUUGAUGUGAGUUAAAACUCAACAAAACAACAAACAUAUAAUUAUGCAGACUAUUAUUAAAAUGAAACUAGAUUUUUGGAAUAAUGUCAGAUAUGAUGCUGCAUUAGUUGAGGAAUAGAUAAAGUUGUUAUAUACUACUUAUUGCAGUUUAAAAAAAAAGGCAUGCUUGUACACACAUAAUGUAGGAAGUGUGCAUGGGAACAUUAAACACUAUACUUUGUUAGGGCAAUACUUGAAAGCUUUAUGCACAGUUCUUUGUUAUAUAAAAACGUGAUACUGUGUUAAAACUGUAGCAAUAUGCAGAGGUAUAUCUCAGGCUGGUCUUAAUAAGAAUUAAACUCUCUCCAUUCUGUUUCCAUUCUGUAUAAGGUAUGUUACAAUCAAAUAUUUGAAAGCAACAUCAAAGCGGCUAAAUCUCUAUUUUUCUGUCUAUAUUAUGAUAGAAGAUACAUUUAAACUUUAUCAUUUUUUUUUUUCAAAUAAUUGUUUAGUGUAGUUUGAAGCUCUAAUUUUUUUUAUACUAUUUAUUACCUGUUUGUAAUUUCCUAAGUUGUGUACAAGAUUAUGGUUGUGUAUUUCAGUGUAGAAAACUGUCUAUACACUUAAUAAGGACUUUAAAAACGUCUCAUCUAUGCAUGGCAAUUACUUCUUUUUUUGCAACUUGUGUUAAAGUAAUAAGAUAUUCAUGUACAUAUAUUAUUAUUAUUCUUCAAACCUGAUCCAGUUUGUGGUUUCUUAUGUAAUACUUGAAGGUGGUCAUUGUCACCUGUGCCUGUGUAGCUUUUGCCUGUUUCGGAUUUUGUUUGCUAUGUGAAAAUAUAUUUACUUAAUGCCAAGGACAAUAGAAAGGAAACACUAUUAUUGCAAUGGAAUGAUACUAAUUUUACUGGAACAAUGUCUGUCCCUCAUUUUUUUUCUGCAGUUGCAAGAUUUUGUAUAAAGCUAAGAAAGUUUAUUUUUCAUUUCAAGGUGUAAGAAAUAUUUCUGUUAAGUUAACCUGUACGUAUUACAAAAAUUGCAGCAUUUUUCUAAUAUUUUGUUUUAAUUGAGGGGCUUCUAUGUUAGGAUAGCAGACUUCGAACCACUUAAAACUUAUAAAAGCCCAUAUUCAACCUUUAAGAUAGGAUUGUCAUAUGAUCAUAAUUGUGUAGUUGUGACUUAAAAUUAACAGCAAGAAGUCUGUUUUAUUGGAGAAAGGUUAACGGUGUUUUUGUCUGGUACAUAUACAUACACAUAAUUAUGUUGAAGUCCUUCCGGUUUGUUCAGGUGAUAAGACUAUGAUUGAGGAGAUGAUGGAUUUGAUUCCAGGUGAAUGAAUGUUCUCCAUGGCAAUUUGAGGCCUUUUCAUCUGUCACCAGUUAUCAUGUUGGGGAAAAUUUGAUUUAAUUGGAAUCAAACACAAUUACUGUAAAUUGAGCAGUAGAAAAUCAAAAGUCAUUUUGUUAACAAAAUCAUUUGCAGUACAUUGUUGUUGAUAUUUUGUAACCUAGAAUCUAUAGGAGAGAUCGCCGUGACGUCACGCAUUAACACCUGUUUAUCUGGUGGUUGGCAAAACAAAUGUUUUCACAUCGUUUAUGUAUGGGAUCGGAAUUUUUAAUUUUUAAUAACUUUUUCGCUCAUUUAUGGAUUUUAAAAAUUCAAAAAGUUUUGAAAUGCUUAUGAUUUUCAUAUUUUCUCAUUUAAAUAUCUUUUUAAAAUGAAUAACCAUUUGAAAUGACAUAUGAUUUUAGUAGCGGCGUAGCGAUGCUCCAAACUUUUAGAAAAAACACUAAGUUAAGCAUUCAUAAUAAAUCAAUUUUAUUUCGAAAUGAUAAUUAAAAGUAAUCAAUAAAUUGCUUGUUUUGUAUCCUUUCCAUUGAUCAAAAACUUAUUGAUAUCAUUUGUGUUUUAAGAAAGUUUAAGCUGUUAGAAAAACAUCACUGUUUACAAAAAAACAUGGACGCUCGGCGUCUGCCCACCCGAUAUUUGUCUUAUCAGUUCUAAAAAUAGUAAAUACAAGGGAUUUGUAUACAAACACGAUCUCUCCUAUAGAGAUUAGUUUUAAUAUUAUAAAUUGGCAGACUUCUUCUAAUGUUUGUUUUCUCAUUUGAAAGACAAGUCAGAUUUUCUAUUUAUUUAGGGUGCUAAGGAACAAAAUUUUUUAAUAUAGAUCACUUUAUAAAAACCAAAAUUAACCAAAUUAAGUAAUAUAAAUAAUUUCUCAUAAACAAUAAUUGUGCACAGAGAGAAGCUAUACCAAAUUUCAUUUUAUCAAGUUAUGAAGCUAAAAAUAAAGAUUUCUCUUACUCUUGAAAGUUGGUCACCUUAUCCAGUUCAGGAAAAACAUGAUGUAAGAAGAUGAAGUUGUGUCAAAGAAAUUUUGAUUCUAGAGAUAGGAGGCAUUCCAGUGUUAGUGAUCACAGAAUCUCUCACAUUGAAUCUGUAUACUAGUAUUUAAUCGUUUAUAUCUGACCACACUAGCUACCCAAAUUAUACAUAAUUUUGAUUUUCAUUUUCUCUUAAGUUUUGACAUUUGUCUUCAUGUGCAUGAACCAAACAACGCUGUCAGAUAUUGGUACAGAUGUUCAUCAUUUAUGUAGGAUGCAAAAUGGUUUGUUCGUCCACAUGUUUUUAACCAUUUGUUAAAAAAUUAUCUGUAAAAUAUUCACCAGCCAGUAUUGCUUUGUGCAUUUAUUGACUCUUUUAGAAUAGUAAAAGAAUUUAGUUUUGAUACAUUUUCACAACAGUACAGAAUUAUUGAAGCAGAAAUUUUAUUUGCACAGAUGCAGUAAUGUAAUAUGAGAGAGAAAUGGAAAACCGUCAUAACUCAUUGAAUUUUAAGUUAACCAUCAUUGUAAAGGCACAUGCUUCAAGUGCUGGAGGUAAUGAGUUUGCUAAUCCAGCAGGGUGUACCAAAGAUAUGAAAAAUUGUACCAGUUGCUUCCUUGCUUAGCACUCUACAUUGAAAAAUAGAAAUUGUCCUUUCUUAUUUCAUACCCUGAUGAUGUAGAAUACCAAGAAGGUCUGAUACAGGUUACAGAACUUAUUUCACAGUUGAUCUAAAAUGAAUUAUUAUUAACCUAAGAACAAAGUAGAAAGCUUUCUAUUAAGCCAUUGAGUAGUAUGUAAGCAGUUUUGAUAAUAACUGUAUCUAUACCUUCAUUUUAUUUUCUUUACUUUACUCAUUAGCUGGCUUUACACAUUCAAUAUGUUUAAUGCAUUAUUUGCCUAUUUGAUAUUGUAUACAUAUGUGUGAUGUCAGUGUGAAUAUACAUAUUUGCUUACCUUGGCAUGCAUGUAUGGUUUUUUAUAUAUAUAUCUAUAUUUGUACAAUUUUCAGGUUACAUACACAAUUAUUGUGUUUGAUAGGUUAUGUUUUGGUUAUGUAUAUAUUGUUAUUUUUCUGUUGAGAGAUUGAACAGUUGAUGUGCCAUGGUAUGGUAAUAUUAUAUAUUAGAAGAUAUUGAAGGCAUAGAGCAAUAGGGUGUUAUCUGUAUAUAUAGGAAGAUGGCAGAUAGCACCUUUAUACUGUACACCUUCAGUAUGUGAGUAAGUGGAGUUUUUAUGCCCCGGAAGGGAGGCAUAUCAGUUUUCAACUGUCCAUCUGUUAGUUCGUUCGUACGUUUGUCACAACGUUAACUUUUUGCAUGAAGGCACUUUACUUGCGAACCACUGCACCCAGGACCUUCAAACUAAACAUGCUGAUAGUACUUAUUGAGUACAUGACCCCUACUGACUUUGGGGUCACCAGGUCAAAGGUCAGGGUCACCAGGUCAAAGGUAAAGGCGCUGCUGGGGCAUUUGUCACCAUUAGUGACAGCUCUUGUUGUUUCUACAAUAUACUUGAGGGACCAGAAUAUCAACUGGUCAGGUUAAAGCUUAGUUUUCCAUUGAUGUGUAGAUUGUGGCAUGUGUUUUGAUUUUCAUAGUCUGUUUGCACUAAAUAGCUUAAUACACAGCACAUUAAAGUAUUGAGUUCCAUAGCAACAGUUGUAGAAUGCCUAAGCUUUUAAAAAAAAUCUUGACGAAAGGUUGUUUUGUAAUCUGUUGAUACAUUUAUGCUAUUUUUUGCAAGUGCAAUGUUCUAGUCAAGUACUUACUAUUUAAGUAAUAAUGGUGAAAUUUCAGUUUUAUAUGCAGAAUAGUUCUUGUUCAUGCAAGGUGUUUUGAUGCAGUUUCCAAUUUUUCAUAACUGAGGAAGUCUGUUUGAGUUGAAAUUAUACUUGUUUCUAACAUAGUAAGUUUUAUCUCUUGAGAUAGUAAUACUAUGUGAUUUUGUGAUAUACUGAACUUCUUGAAAACGCAUUUGAAAAAAUGUUAGUAUAUUGAACAGGUUGAAUACCUAUAUCAGAAUGUAAUGAUAAAAAAUUCUGUUGAUAGAUUUUGAUUGAAAUUUGGAGCAGAAUGUACUCAAUGUUUUGUUGAAGAUUUGAAAUGCUAUACUGCUCAUCUUUUGUUUGCGGUAUUUGCAGGUUUCAGAAAUUUUAAUGAGAACAAAUAUCAUUGUUAUCCAUAUCAUUUCAGUGUGUUGCUUUGUUUCUUACUAGUUGUUGUACCCCCCGACAACAAAGUUGUUAGGGGGGGUAUACUGGUUUCAGGUUGUCUGUCUGUCUGUCCGUCUGUCUGGUUGUCUGUCCGUAGACGCAAUCUUGUGCGCUCCAUCUCUCCUUAUCCCCUUGACAGAAUUUAAUGAAACUUCACACAAGUGAUCAGUACCAACAGUAGUUGUGCAUGGGACAUGUAAGGUUCUUUUAGAAAAAAAAAUUGCAGAGUUAUGGGACUUGUUUUUUUGUUACUAUACUAUAUACAUAGACACAAUGUUGUGCGCACCAUCUCUCCUCAUCCCCUUGACACAAUUUAAUGAAACUUCACACAAGUGAUCAGUACCAACAGUAGUUGUGCAUGGGGCAUGUUAGGUUCUUUUAGAAAAAAAAUUUGCAGAGUUAUGGGACUUUGUUUUUUUGUUACUGUACUAUAUACAUAGACACAAUGUUGUGCGCACCAUCUCUCCUCAUCCCCUUGACACAAUUUAAUGAAACUUCACACAAGUGAUCAGUAUCAACAGUAGUUGUGCAUGGGGCAUGUUAGGUUCUUUCAG